CGGGGCUGGCGCGGCGGCGCGCACGGGGCGGGCUCUCGGGCGUGCGCGGUGGGUCGCGCUCUGCGCGCGCCGGGUGCCUCGGAGCCCCAGCCGUUGGACUCCAGGCCAUUUGCGAGGCAAGAUGUUAAGGCGCACCCUGGAAAGCCGGGACGCUCAAACCAGACAACUGCAAGAUGCUGUCACAAAUGUGGAGAAGCAUUUUGGGGAACUGUGCCAAAUCUUUGCUGCUUAUGUGAGGAAAACUGCCAGACUGCGAGACAAAGCAGACCUCCUGGUGAAUGAAAUCAAUAUGUAUGCCUCUACGGAGACCCCAAAUUUAAAGCAAGGCCUGAAAAACUUUGCUGAUGAGUUUGCCAAACUUCAGGAUUAUCGACAGGCAGAGGUUGAAAGACUUGAAGCCAAAGUGGUUGAACCUUUGAAAGCUUAUGGAGCAAUUGUAAAAUUGAAAAGGGAUGAUCUAAAAGCGGCGUUAACAGCAAGGAAUCGAGAAGCUAAGCAGUUAACUCAGUUAGAAAGAACGCGUCAAAGAAAUCCGUCUGAUCGACAUGUAAUUUCACAGGCAGAAGCUGAAUUACACAUAGCUUCAACAGAUGUUACCCGAACAACUCGUCAUCUGGAGGAAACUAUUGACAAUUUUGAAAAGCAGAAAAUAAAGGAUAUCAAGAAUGUAUUUUCAGAAUUUAUCACAAUUGAAAUGUUAUUUCAUGGCAAAGCUUUAGAGGUCUACACUGCUGCCUACCAAAAUAUACAAAAGAUUGAUGAAGAUGAAGACUUGGAGGUUUUCCGAAAUUCUCUGUAUCCACUAGAUUAUCCAUCUCGUUUAGAUAUUGUAAAAGCAAAUUCAAAGUCACCUCUUCAGAGAUCGCUGUCAGCUAAGGGUGUAUCAGGAACAGGACAGGUAUCUACCUGUCGAUUAAGAAAGGAUCAACAUGUAGAAGACGAAGAAGAUGAUGAGGCAGACUUUACAGAAGAAGAAAAUUAAUUUUAAUUUCCAAUGUCCAUUUUCAUCUUGAAUGACUUGAAAACUUUAUAUUCACCUGACAGGUUAAGCCUCAAAAUAAAAUCCUACCAUAAAUGCAAAAAUAAAGAAAAUUUACGCUGAACAAAAAUUAAAGUUUUUU